AUGAGUAAGAAGGCUGCAAAAACCCAGACGAAGGAGCAAUCCUACGAUGUUCGUGACGUCGUGCUCGCCAAAGUGCGGGGAUAUCCUCCAUGGCCUGGUAUGGUUGUCGAUCCUGACACGGUUCCUGAGAACGUUCAAAGCGAGCGGCCAAACGCAAAGACGAAGAAGGGGAACUGGUAUUGUGUUCGUUUCUUCCCUGCGGGUGACUAUGCCUGGAUAGUGCCCAAGGACAUAUCCAAAUUGCAACGUCACGAAAUCGAGGCUUACAUUAACGAGCCAUACAAGCGGUCCGGUGACCUGUUGCAAGGUUAUCGCAUCGCCCUCGAUCCCACGAAAUGGGAAGAAGAGAGAGAAGCCAUGCGAGUGGAGGCCGCUGAAGAGGAGGCGAAUGCAGAGAUCGAUCAGCUGGAGAGCGAUGGUGAGGAAGAGGCAGACGAUGGAGAAGAGAAGAAGGCCAAGUCGAGAAAACGAAAACGCGAGUCUGAUGCCGCGCCGCCGAAACCUAAGGCAAAGCCGAAGCCUAAGAAGGAGUCUGUCGAACCCGCCAGCAGAAAAAGAGCAGGGAGUACGAAAGCGAAGAAGAACGGGAUCAAAUCAAAGACCAUGAUUGAGUCUGAGGACGAGGGUGGCGCUGAGGGUGAAGAUGAUGAUGUGGGUCCUAGCAAGCAGAUUUCCCCGCCGCCUGCCAAAAAAGCCAAACGCGAAAAGGAAGGAGAAGAGGACGGCGAUGCAGCUCUCAAUGGCGAUCCUGAAGCGCAGAAGGUCAGGGAUUGGAGACAUAAGCUUCAGAAGGCGUUUUUGAAUGGCAAGGCCGUCCCCAAAGAGGAGGACAUGCCUGGAUUGGAUGCCUUAUUCACGACAGUAGAGAAAUACGAGAGCAUGAAUAUUCAAUAUCUCUCAUUCUCGAAAAUUGGCAAGGUUAUGCGCCAUAUCCAUGCACUCUCCGAGGAGAAAGUUCCCCGAGACAAGGAAUUCAAGUUCCGAGAGCGUGCAAAGGCCCUCGUCGAUAGGUGGCACGAGAUCCUCAAUGCCAACAAGGCCAACGGCACGGCCACCGAUGGCGCCAAGGCCACGACGAAUGGCACGAGCCCGUCUGCGAAAGCCGCCGAUGCGGCAGAUGCCGGAGUAGCGGCAAUUGACAAGCAGGAGAGCGAGGAGCCCGCGAAAGUGGACGCGAGUGAGAAUGCUAUGGAAGUCGACGCUGAUGCUGACGCAAAGGCAGAGCCGGAGGAAGAGGGGGAGGCUGAGGCUGAGGCUGAGCCGGAGGUGGAGGCAGAAGCGGAAGCGGAAGCAGAGGCAGAGGCAGAAGAGCCGGUCAAAGAGGAGAAGCCGUCUGCCCCCGCAGAAAAUGCAGAUGCAGAGGCUGAUGGAGAAGCUGAGAUGUUGAACGAGGAUGCCCCAGCGGAUCCUGCCGCGGAUGAGUCUGCUUUAGCGGACGUGACCAUGUCAGAAGCCGCUGCGUGA